AUGCAAGAUUUGGGAACGCGAGUAGAGUCACCAGGUAAGAAGCUCCGAUUGUGUGAGCAUGCUAAGGGCUCACGACUACGAUACAACAUCGAUAUUGGGAUUUUAAUGUGUGAGGCAACCGAUACAUCUGUCGCCUGCUCGGGGGAGAACAUCGAGCGUAAUGAUGGGGGAGUACGUUUAUGGAGACAGACUGAAGACGGAGCAGCUUUGCAGACGACGGGCACCGGCUGCGCUACGUGUUCUAAGCAGCCCAAUAGUUAUUUUUUCUUUUGGGCCUUCUCGGCGGCUUUGGUAAUUUUGCCUGUUGUUACCUCCUUAAAGGUGACGCUCUGUAAUUAA